AUGACUUGUAGCAGUGAGCAGCAGACACCACCCAUGUGCUGGAGAUCAGGGAGCCACCACAGAAGUGGUAACCAGACUGCAGUGAUGCCUGUACAUCUGAUUAACCCUACCCUCUCUCUCCCCAGCCGCAUGCAGGUGCGUCUGGGUGAGCAUGACAUUACCGUCAACGAGGGCACUGAGCAGUUCAUCGACUCAGUAAAGGUCAUCAUGCACCCCAGUUACAACAGCCGCAACCUGGACAACAACAUCAUGCUGAUCAAGCUGAGCAGGCCCGCCUCACUGAUCAGCUAUGUGAGCACUGUGGCUCUGCCCUCCAGCUGUCUGGUCUCUGGCUGGGCCAACCUAUCCGGCAGCAGCAGCAACUACCCUGACACUCUGAGGUGUCUGGAUCUCCCCAUCCUGAGCAGCAGCAGCUGCAACAGCGCCUAUCCUGGACAGAUCACCUCCAACAUGUUCUGUGCUGGCUUCAUGAAGGGAGGCAAGGACUCUUGCCAGGGAGACUCCGGUGGCCCCGUGGUGUGCAAUGGUCAGCUGCAGGGUGUUGUGUCCUGGGGUUACGGCUGUGCCCAGAGGAACAAGCCUGGUGUCUACACCAAGGUCUGCAACUACAAAUCCUGGAUCAGCAGCACCAUGUCCUCCAACUAAUUGAUCUAGACAUAUUCUCUAAGACAGAAAUACAU